AUGGCAAUGAGAUGGUUUGAUAGCCUCAAGCCAAACUCCAUAAACUCUUUUAAGCAGCUGACACAGGCUUUUGGUUCUCGCUUCAUAACUAGUAGCAGAGUCCCUUGGCCCCUAGAUUCCCUCCUAUCCUUGUCCAUGCGAGAAGGAGAGACCCUGAAGGCCUACUUAGAUAGAUAUUGGGAAAUGUAUAAUGAGAUAGAGGGAAAUUACGAUGACGUCAUCAUUAGCACAUUCAAGAGGGGCCUAUCGACAGAGCAUGGUUUAAGGAAGUCCUUGACAAGGAAACCGGUCACUAGCGUGCGCCAACUCAUGGACAGAAUUGACAAGUACAAGAGAGUCGAAGAAGACCAACAGACGGGAAAGGGCAAAGCGAAGGUUGUCCCUCAAGAGAGGAGGGACUUCAGGUUGGACCGUUUUAACAGUAGUAAUUGGCCGAGAAGGGAUUACUCGGAGCAAUCUGGAUCCACAGGGGCACAGGCAGUCCAUGCUGUGUUCCGAGAACCAUCACAUAAGAUCCUAGAGAAAGUGAAGAACGAACCGUUCUUUCAAUGGCCAAGCAAGAUGGCAGGCGAUCCCGCGAAACGUAACCAGAAUCUGUAUUGCGCGUAUCACCAAGAGCCAGGCCAUACCACCGAUGAUUGCAGAAAUCUGAAAAACCACUUAGAACGUCUGGUCCGAGAGGGGAAGCUGUGA